AUGACUUUGCCCGUAAACAAGUCCAUGCUGCUUCGCAGGCUCGGGUCCUUCUUCGGGUGCGAGCUCCGGCGCGCGCUGUGCCUCGCCGGAGCCCUGGUCUGUUUUUUGUGGCUCGUCCUGCUCGGCCUCUACGCUGCGGUCCCGGAGGGCGACUCCAGGCCGCCAGCGCUGCGCGGGAGACGGGAGCCCACACUGGCGGCGGUGCCCGAGGAUCGAGAUCCCACCGCGAAGGAGGGCCCUGCCCGGGCGCGCGACCCGGAGCCGGAGCCGAGGAAGCCGAUGCAGGAGGCGCCGGCUGCAGCCGUCGGGGAGCCACAGCCUUCGCGACCUGCCGCUGCCUUCGUGCGAGGCGUCCCAGCAGAGCUGCGGGAGCGCUUUGCGGCGAUGCGGGCCCAGGGUCGCUUCGAGUGCCUCUCGGGCGGGAAGAGCUUUCCGAGUUUCUCCGUGGUCAACGAUGACUACUGUGAUUGUCCGGAUGGCAGUGACGAGCCAGGCACCUCUGCGUGCUCAGGACUUCCGGGACCAGCACUACCGGGCUUUGCCUGCACGUGGUCGGGAGGCGCUCCGGAGCGCCUCGUUCGCCUCGGGGCGGUGAACGACGGCAUCUGCGACUGCUGCAACGGUGAGGCAGCAAUGGCGCAAAUACAGAUGGUGGAGACCAAGCAAGGGAAGUGGACAGUGGUGCAAGACGACAAUGGUGCGGAGUAUGGCGAGCCUUGA